AUGAUUUUGCAGUCUGCUGCAGCUUCUCCUGUGCAGGAAAAGGAGCUGCUGUCAUCAAAAGUAAUGAGGUUAGAGGAGAAAGUGUCUGACCUCAACCUAAGGCUGAAGUAUGCACAAUCUGACAGAGAAAGAUUCCUACAGGAGAAGUUGGAGCUGACACGACGUUCUCAGGGACUGUCCCUAGAGCUGGAGUGGGCACAAAGGGGGCGUGAGGGGUUUACUGAUCAGGUCAGUGACCUACAUGUGGAGCUUGUGGAGGCAAAAUCUCAAGCCAAUCGUCAGGACCAGGAAAAAGUGCAAAUGAAAGAGGAACUAAUAAUGUUGAAACAGGUAAAUGAAAAACUGACUGCAGAGUUGCAACAGACACAGCAGAAGCUUCAGAGCACUUUGGAUGAGUUUCAUCAUAUCCAGGCAGAACAGAAGAUCUCUAGUAAUCUAACUGCAGCACUGGAGGCUGAGCGAGAAAAGCUCCUGGGGGAGAAAGAGUUGCUGAUGGGAUCAGUAGAAGAAGAUGAGAAGAGCAAGAGUUUACAGGAACUAAGGUCCUCCAAAGAACAACUAGAGGGGGAUAGAGAUGCCCUUCAUGCUCGCUGCCAGACACUGGAGGAGGCUCUGGAGCAGGCACAUGAGCAACUUGGCUCACAAAUCCAAGAGCAGCAGCAGGUCACAAUAUACUGGAAAGAUAGGUGGCACCAGGCUGCUGUGAGCCUAAAGAACCAAGAGGAGCAGUUGGAGCAAGAGAGAGCUCAAUGUCAGAAAGCUGUGGACAAGAACAAUGCGCUUCUGCAAGACUGUGAGAUGUUGGGGGCAGACACUGAAGAACUGUUUGAACUUAGAACAUCAUUAAACAGCCUGAAAGAAGAACACAAUCGAUUAAAACAGCAGAUGAAGGAACAGGAACAAAGCAGACAUAUGGAGCAUCUUCAGAGCCAUAUUGCAAUCAAUAAGAAUGAGAAUCCAGAGGUGAAUCUUCAGUUAAAAGAACUAUACUCAGAACUACAACAAGCUCAGUGA